AUGCCGAUGAAGCGCAGCAGCGACAGCUCGGCCAGAGACGGAGUUUUUCUCAUUCACUCUUUAACCAAAUCUUUGUGCAGCUCGCCGGAGGGAAAGCAUGCAGACUUUAACGGACAGACGCACAUUCCUCAGGAGGAUGAUUCUGGGAUUAAAUCAGAAGCCGAGGACAGCAACGAGACGCCGUCCUCUGAAGAAGACCAGGACCUGGUGGACUUCAACGCCGACCUGAGCAUCAGUAAACAGAGCAUCUCGUCCUCCAGGAAGAGCAUCAGUCAGAUCAUCAAGGACAAGAAGAAACAGACGCAGCUCACGCUGCAGUGGCUGGAGGAGAACUACAUCGUGUGUGAAGGCGUGUGUUUGCCUCGCUGUAUUCUCUACGCUCACUACCUGGAUUUCUGCCGCAAAGAGAAGCUGGAGCCAGCGUGUGCUGCCACGUUCGGAAAGACGAUCCGACAGAAGUUUCCUCUCCUGACGACGAGGAGACUCGGCACCAGAGGACACUCCAAAUAUCAUUAUUACGGAAUUGGCAUCAAAGAGAGCAGCGCAUAUUAUCACUCUGUGUAUUCUGGAAAAGGUUUGACCAGAUUUUCAGGGAGCAAACUCAAGAAUGAGGGUGGUUUCACCAGGAAAUACUCUCUGAGCUCAAAAACUGGAACUUUACUCCCCGAGUUUCCAAAUACUCAACAUCUGCUGCUGCAGGGAAACGUCUCCAGAGAGAAGGUGGACACUCUGAUCAUGAUGUACAAAACACACUGUCAGUGCAUCCUGGACAACGCCAUCAACGUCAACUUUGAGGAGAUCCAGAAUUUUCUGCUCCACUUCUGGCAGGGAAUGCCCGACCACUUGCUGCCUCUGCUGGAAAACCCUGUCAUCGUCGACAUCUUCUGCGUCUGCGACUCCAUUUUAUACAAGGUUUUAACCGAUGUUCUGAUUCCUGCUACGAUGCAGGAGAUGCCCGAAAGUCUGUUGGCAGAUAUUCGUAACUUUGCCAAACACUGGGAACACUGGUUGUCCUCCUCCCUGGAGAACCUCCCAGAAGGUCUAGCUGCGAAGAAACUCCCCAUCGCUCGCCGCUUCGUCUCCUCCCUGAGGAGACAGACGUCGUUCUUACACCUGGCGCAGAUAGCCCGCCCAGCGCUGUUCGACCAGGCUGUGGUCACCAGCAUGGUGUUGGAUAUCGAUAACGUGGAUCUGAACAGCAUCAGCUCACAACCGCUGCUUAACAUCAGCACCACAGGAGACCAAGAGCCAGACAUUUACUCUGAGUACGACUCCAUCACCGUGUUUCAGGAGCUGAAGGAGCUGCUGAGGAAAAACGCCACCGUGGAGUCUUUCAUCGAGUGGCUGGACUCUGUGCUGGAGCACAAAGUCAUCAAGCCUGGGAAACAAAGCGGUCGGACAGUGAAGAAGCGCGCGCAGGAUUUCCUGCUCAGGUGGAGUUUCUUUGGUGCCAGAGUGAUGCACAGCCUCACACUCAACAACGCCUCCAGCUUUGGUUCCUUCCAUCUGAUCAGGAUGCUCUUGGACGAGUACAUCCUCUUGGCUCUGGAGACUCAGUUCAACAACGACAAGGAGCAGGACCUGCAGAACCUUCUGGACAGAUACAUGAAGAACUCAGAUGCCAGUAAAGCCACGUUCAUGGCGUCGCCCAGUUCCUGUUUUCUCGCCAACCGCAACAAGGCAAACGCCGCCGUCGACCAGUCGGUGAAGAACGAGUCUCUGGGAGAACACGCCUACAUGUCCCUGUCCAUCAGUCAACAACAGAGUCUGGACACGAACGCAGCCGUUUACCCGGGGACAGACACUGCUGCUUUCUCUCUGUCAGGUGGUCAGAUGGACUUCUCUCAGGUCAGCGCCCCCCUCAUGACGCCCCCUAUCUCUCCAGCAGCGCUUGUGCACCGAGGCUCCGUCAUCAACCAGGGGCCCAUGGCAGGAGCCAGACUCCUGAUGUCGUCCUCUUCGUCCUCCACCUGCUCCACCUCCACCUCCUCUUCCUCGUACCUCUCCUCUCUCAGUGCAAUGACGCAGCCCAGCCCCUGCUCUUCAUACCAGGAAACCCUGUACCACUGUCUGGCUCAGACCAGCCCCAGUUACUUCCCUCCAGCCGGCGGUUCCUCGAACUCAAACUACCAACCCGCACCCAGGCCUCAGUCCCAGAAUCAGUGUCUGUCUUCAGUCCCGUCGCAGACGUCCUCCCUGACCUAUCACCUCUCUCGAUAUCCGUCCUUUAACGACCAGCAGCUGAGUAAAGACUUGUUCUACAAUCAUCACCAUCAUCAUCAUCAUCAUCCUUCAUCCAGCGGCAGCAACAACUGCUCCAUGACGCCAUACGGCUCCGCGCUCAGACCCAUGUCCGGCUACACCUCAGGUCCAGACCCGGCUCAGACUGAGCAGGAACUGGACGCUCAGACUUCAGCUCAGAUUCUGGACUCGACUGAGGGGUUUGGCUUUGUCGUGGCGGGACUGAACCACCCCAGUGGGGGGUGCCAGGGACAGACGCACUCUGCUGCGGGACACACUGGUUACUAUGGCAACAGCAGCUACGUGGACAGCCAGCGGAUCGCGUCGCUGGUCGACCAGCACGUGUCCGUGAUCAGCAGCGUCAGCAGCCUGCGUCCGUUCUCCACGACGUUCUCCGAGGUCCACGAUCCUCUCAACAUCCUGGACGAACCGGGACGGAAAACAGCAGGAGCCUAUUUCACGGAGACGGACACUGGAGCAGAUCAUUCCCUCCCGCCGUCAGGAUCCGCCCCCUGCAUGUUUGGAGUCGCGUCUCCGUUCACGUCGCAGGACGCGCUCUUGUCCCAGCAGGGGGUGACGUCGUCUGCCAACGUGCAGGACCUGGUGUCGUCGCUGCCUCCCAUCAACACAGUGUUCAUGGGCGCUGGAGGAGUACAAUGACACUGACACUGAAUGUACGUACACACCGACACUCUGGGAUGGUUUUGGGCGAAAAGAAGCAGAGUGGAGUGGAUGAAGUGAAUGACGGGUGACAAUGGACACACAAAGACUUAAAACUGCUUAAAACAGCAGCAAAAUGUGGAUUAUUAUUUAAAAUAUAUAUAUAACAGUGACUCUCUACUUAGAUAUUUAUUCUAUGCACGCUUUUUUUCAAUAAGUAAUUUUUUGUAAUGUUGAUGCCCCGAGGACUUCCAGUUCUUUGACAUGAUUUUGAAUGAAUAAAACUUUGUAAGUGAGAACGCCGUGCAUUUAUCUGACAAAAAAACAACCUCUCACCUCACCUCAAAAUAGACAUUUUCCAACAGUUUCCACUGGAGCACCUCCUGAAGUUAGAAUUCCAAGUCAUUAACGAACUGAG